CACCAUGUCGCCGUGGGUAGUCAGGGCUCACCUACAUUUGUGCCUCAACGAUUGAAUGCCAACAUCGGUGAUCAGAUUGUUUUCGAGUUCCACGGGUUGAACCAUACUUUAACACAAUCUACCCUGGAAAGGCCGUGUGCCCCACUUCAGCAGUUUGACACCGGUUUUAAUCAGUUCAACCCACACAGCCGGGAUAAAUUUGUCACUAUUAUUACAGUUAAUUCACUUGAGCCUCAGUGGUUUUUCUGUCGGCAGAAUAUACCCGCCUCUCAUUGUCAUAUGGGCAUGGUGUUCGCUAUUAACCCAGGAGAUCAAAUGGAU